GAAUUCGCGAAUAGGAGAUAUGAUGGCUGGUAUAGCUUGUCAGACCGUCGUACUGGGAGGUCCGACCCCAAAGGGACGGGCGCCUGCAGCUAGUAUUGGCAUGCAUAUCUGCAACACACCCACAUCACUAUGGGCAUUGACGCAUCAAAACUUGCUCUCUUGUUAUCAGUGUAUUAUCUCAGCCUCGUUGGUGGCAAGCAGACGGCAAAACUACCUCUUAACGGCAUGGUCUAUCACGUUAAAAUGAGAUCCUACCUGCAUACGCGCAUACGUACUUACGUAGGAUUCUUCCGACUCUUGUACGGUAAGGCUGUGAUACCCAUUUCACGUGGUUGUACUGUACCUACAGUAGUUAGGAUCUCAGUCUGACGGCCCUGAUUUGUUGGCUGAACCAUGC